AUGUCUGUUGAUAACGUUGUCAAGGUUGCUAAUAUAUCAGCCUUGGUAACCGAGCCAAUUUUGAGACAAUUAUUUGAGUAUUUGGGUGAAGUCACUAAUCUAAAAUUACAUAACAGCCCGCAUGGAGAUGGUGUACAAGAAUGCAUCGUGGAAUUCAAAGACACCUCGUCUGCGAUAACAGCACUUCAUCUCACUGGUGUAGAAUUAGGAGAUCGUACUUUAAUGGUCUCGUCAACCACUGCGCCAACUGGGAUAAAUGAUUACACACAUCCAUUUCAACAACAAAUUCCACCACUAUUGACGGCAAUAACACCAUCAAGACCUCCGACAUCAAUGAAACAAAUCCAGUCAAUCCCACCUAAACCAAUGGCCGCCGUAGUUUCGGCAGCAUCGAUUCAACCAAUAUCAGCGAGCUCACUGGCUGUGAUUCGUGCAAAUCCGGCCAUUUCUCCAACAGUCGCGCAAUUUGAUCCCGCGAAAGCGGAAGAGAUAUCGAGAACGGUUUAUAUUGGGAAUAUUAAUUCUUCUAUAUCUGAACCGGAAUUGACGCAAUUUUUCUCGGCCUGUGGUCCGGUGGCUUAUGUCAAGAUGGCAGGAGAUCCGGCUCAACCUACCAGAUUUGCUUUUUUGGAGUUUGCUACUUAUGAAGGCGCGCAAGCUGCCAUGCAAAUGAAUGGAGUUAUGCUUGGGGAAAGACCUUUAAAGGUAAAUCACUCAAAGAAUGCUAUUAAUAAAACACCGAAAAAAAAUGAUGCUCCUGAUGUUCAAGCGACUAUGCGACGAGUUCGUGAAGCUCAGGCGAGAAUUCAAAGUCGUUUGAGCACCAGUGAGACGACCCAGCCUGAUGAUAGUCCUAAUGGUAGUGCACCAUUAGAAGAUGUUGUAAUGGAAGAUGCUUCCCCUCUCCCAGAUGCAAAAACUAGAAGACGUAGCAGUUCCAGGUCUAUUAAACAAGAUAAAAGUAGAUCCAGAUCCAGAAGUAUAAGCAGAGCUAGACGACGUAGAUCGAGAUCAAGAGAUAGAGACCUUGCUUUAGACUAUCACUAUCGUCACCGGCGUUCUCGUAGUCGUUCAAGAGACCGUUUUCGAGGUGAUCGUUAUCGUGAUUCACGAGAUCGUGACCGAGAUCGUGAUAGAGACCGAGAUCGGGAACGUGAAAGAGAACGUGAAAGAGAACGUGACCGAGAUCGUGAUCGCGAUAGAGACCGGGAUAGAGAACGCGAUAGAGAUCGUGAUCGGGAACGAGACCGCGAGAGGGAACGAGAACGUGAGAAAGAAAAAGAUCGCAGUAAAGAUAAGGAUAAAGAACGGGAGAGAGAAAGAGAAAAGGAUCGGAAGGAACGAGAGAAAGAGAGAGAUCGAAAAGAGCGUGAAAAGGAGCGAGAUAGAGAAAAGGAACGAGAUCGAGAAAAGGAGCGAGAUAGGGAACGAGAUAGAGAAAAGGAGCGAGAUAGAGAACGAGAUAGGGACAAAGAAAAAGAUAAAGUACGAGAAAUCGAGAAAGGAGACAAGGAGAGAGAUAGAGAAAGAGACAAGGAGAAGGAAAGAGAACAAAGGGACAGAGACAGAGAUAGAGAAAGGGACAAAGAGAAAGAAAGAGAACAAGAGCGUGAUAGGGAUCGUGAUCGUGAUAGAGAUCAUGAUCGAGAUAGAAGGGAAAGAGAUAAAGACCGUGAUAAAGAUCGCGAUAAAGAUCGUGAUAAAGAGCGUGACAAAGAGCGUGAUAAAGAGCGUGAUAAAGAUCGUGAUAAAGAUCGCGAAAGAGAUAAAGAUCGUGAAAGAGAUAAAGAUCGUGAAAGAGAUAAAGACCGUGAUAAAGAACGUGAUCGGGAGAGAGAGAGAGAAAAAGAUCGCGAUCGAGGCAAAGAAAAAGACAAGGAUAAAGAACGUGAGAAAGAACGCCGUGGAUCAAAAAGGUCAGGAUCUCGGUCUCCGUCUACAAGUCGUCGUCACUAA